AUGGAUGUAAAUAUGGGCCAGUGGGCAGGCAUGCGAGCCCCUCUUCUCGGCCUCGCCCUGCUGCUGCCAUUGCUGCUCUUCAAGCCACCACCCUGCUACGCCCAGAACAUCCAGGGGGGCCUUCAGGAUGGACCUCACUUUGGCUUCACUCAGGCUGUCUACCAUGCUAUGGUUUACGAAAACUCAGCAGCACGCACCUAUGCCAACAGUAAAGUUAAAAUGGGCAUCCACCUGGCCCAGCGCUCCUGGGAGAUUCGCUACAGAAUCACUUCAGGUGAUGACGAAGGGUUUUUCAAGGCCGAGGAGUAUGUGCUGGGCGACUUCUGCUUCCUGCGCAUAAGGACUAAAGGUGGCAAUGCAGCUAUCUUGAACAGAGAGAUUCAGGAUAAUUAUGUAUUAACAGUAAAGGCCUCUGUCAAGGGAGAAGCCCUUCUUGAGACCUGGACUAAAGUCAGCAUCCAGGUCUUGGACAUGAAUGACCUGCGACCCUUGUUCUCACCCACCACUUACUCCGUCACUAUAGCGGAGAGCACCCCUCUCAGGACUAGCAUAGCACAAGUUACCGCCACAGAUGCAGAUAUUGGCUCCAACGGGGAGUUUUACUAUUUUUUCAAGGAGAAAAUGGAGCUGUUUGCUGUACACCCAACCAGUGGAGUGGUUUCUCUCAGUGGAAAGCUCAAUGUUGAUGAGCAGAACCGUUACGACUUAGAAAUCCUGGCUGUGGACCGCGGCAUGAAGCUCUAUGGAAAUAAUGGGGUUAGCAGCACAGCCAAGCUUUUUGUCCAUGUAGAGCGUGUGAAUGAACAUGCCCCAGUCAUGAAUGUGAUCACCCACAGCCCCUCUUGGCUUGAUAAAAACCCUGUGUAUGCCAUGGUCACUGUUGAGGACCUAGAUGAAGGUUUAAAUGGAGAAAUAGACUCAGUGGUCAUUGUUGGUGGAGACCCUUCAGAGCAAUUUUUGAUAGAAAGGUCUGUGGAAGGCGAGUUUGCCAUAAAGGCCUCUGAGUCAGUAAAUUGGGAGACUUACCCUUAUGGCUGUAAUCUCACUUUGCAGGCUAAAGACAAGGGAGCCCCACAGAAGUUCUCUGCUGUCAAGGUUGUCCACCUAAUGGUCAGGAAGCAGACAGCGGAAGCUACUUUUGAGCGAGAGGUGUAUGAUGUUAGUCUGAAUGAAAUUUCACCACCAGGUACAAUUGUAGAGGCUGUUAAAAUCAAGCCAGAGCCUGAUGAUGCAGAAUAUAUCUUGACGCCUUCUGCAGAUUCAGCCUUUUUUCAAAUGAACACCCUAACAGGUGUCAUUUCCACCACUCACUGGUUCACUCAGGUGACCCAGGAUGUCUUUAAUCUUGAGGUAUUGGAAAUAGAUAGUGAGCUCAAAGUUAAAGUGCGGGUAAACAUUGAGGAUGCCAAUGACAACACACCAACAUUUGAUCAGUCUUCUUAUGAGGUUUUGGUCAAUGAAAGUGUAGUAGUUGGUACCAAUGUAUUAACAGUUUCUGCAGUGGAUGAGGAUAAAGGAGAACAUGGAUACAUUACUUAUAGCAUAUCCAGUCUUCAGCCAUUACCCUUCAAAAUCAAUCAGUUUUCUGGUAUCAUCAGCACCACUAUAGAGUUGGACUUUGAAUCCUCAUCAGAGAGCUUUGUGUUUGUUGUCAGAGCAUCUGACUGGGGAUCGCCUUACAGGCGAGAGAGUGAAGUCAAUGUUACAAUCCACCUUGAAAAUGUAAAUGACAACCGGCCAUUGUUUGAGAAGGUAGCAUGCCAGGGGGUGAUCUCUCGGGAUUUCCCAGUGGAUGAAGUGAUAACCACAAUGUCUGCGAUUGAUAUAGAUGAGUUGGAGCUAGUAAAAUAUAAGAUCAUUUCAGGGAACGAAUGGGGGUACUUCGACCUCAACCCGGAUUCAGGGGUCCUUUCAUUGCAACAUUCCCUUGACACAGCCAGUCCAAAGAACGGUGUCUUUAGUCUCAAAAUAACUGCCACAGAUGGUGAAAACUUUUCUGAUCCUAUGUUUGUUAACAUCUCAGUUGCUCAUGGUAAAUCUCCUUCUAAAAGUUUCAAUUGUAAAGAGACAAGGGUAGCCCAAAAGUUAGCGGAAAAGUUACUCAAAAAGUCCAAAGCUAGCAUGAAGCCCAAAAUUGAGGAAGGAUUUAUUGACCUUUUCUCUGUCAAUCGGCAAACACCACAGUUUGAUAAAGCUUUUCCCACAGAUAUUGCUGUUCGGGAAGACCUUAAGAUUGGCUUGAGUGUUUUUCAGGUUAAUGCGUACGAUGGUGACACUGGUUUCAAUGGUCAGAUUAUAUUCUCUAUUUCAGAUGGAAACACUGACAGCUGUUUUAACAUUGACAUGGAGACUGGACUUAUCAGUGUCUACCUACCUAUGGACAGAGAAAAGAGGGAUCGUUAUCUCCUCAACCUAACUAUCUAUGACCUUGGCCUGCCACAGAAAACUGCCUGGCGUUUGCUUACUGUAUACAUAGAGGAUGCUAAUGAUAAUGCACCCCUAUUUUUGCAAGAAGGAGGCUAUAGAAUUGUCAUACCUGAAAACACUGCCAUAGGUACAGACAUCAUCCAAGUUGAGGCCACUGACAAAGAUCUAGGACCCAAUGGGGAGAUUGUGUACUCUGUUUUGACCAGCACCACCCAGUUUGGUAUCAACUCCACUAAUGGGAUAGUGUACGUUGCUGGCCAACUUGACAGGGAGUUUGUUUCAGCAUUUAACCUGAAGAUUGAGGCCCGGGACAAGGCAGAGAAAGGGAGCCAGACAUUUUCUGUGACCACUUUGAAAUUAAUAUUAGAGGAUGUGAAUGACUGUCCCCCACUAUUUAUCCCCAAUGUGUACAAAGCCAGGGCUCUGGAGGAUCUUCCAGUAGGAACUGUUGUGGCCUGGUUAGAAACCCAGGACCCAGAUUUGGGUUUGGGAGGCCAGGUCCGCUUCUCCCUAGCAAACGACUACAAUGGAUGGUUUGAGGUAGACAGGGCCAGCGGGGCUAUUCGGCUGACAAAAGAGCUAGACUACGAGACCCAGCAGUUCUACAAUCUUACUGUGAAGGCCAAAGACAAGGGGAGGCCUGUUUCUCUUCUCUCUGUCACCUCUGUGGAGGUGGAGGUCGUAGAUGUGAACGAAAAUCUCUACGCUCCAUACUUUUCCCAAUUUGCCCUUACAGGAUUAGUUAAAGAGAAUGCCCGGAUUGGAACUACCCUACUCCAAGUCAUUGCCAACGACGAUGACACUGGCAGAGAUGGAGAAAUCCAGUACUCCAUUCGCGAUGGAAGUGGGCUUGGACGGUUUGCCAUUGAUGAAGAGACAGGGGUGAUCUACACUACUGAUAUGCUGGACCGCGAGACCAAGGACUCUUAUUGGCUAACGGUGUAUGCCAGCGACCACGGCGUGGUUCCCCAGUUCGCAACUAUCGAGGUAUUCGUCCAGGUGGAGGAUGUUAACGAUAACGCCCCGCUGACCUCAGAGCCGCUGUACCGGCCCUCAGUGCCUGAGAACUCUCCACGAGAUGUUUCUGUGAUCCAGAUCCAGGCCCAGGACCCUGAUGCCACACCUCCUGCCGCUGCUGACAGGCUCAACUAUCGCAUCAUCAGUGGAAACCCACAGAACUUCUUCACAAUCAACACUCGCACUGGUCUGAUCACCACAACCUCCAGGAAACUGGACCGUGAACAACAAACAGAACACGUAUUAGAGGUGUUGGUGUCUGAUGGUGGUCCUAGUCCCAGGCAGAGUACAGUGUGGGUGAUGGUUCAGAUCCUGGAUGAAAACGACAACAAGCCCACAUUUCCUGAGAAGGUCUACCAGGUCAAACUUCCAGAGAGAGAGCGUAGAAAGAAGGGCGAGCCCAUCUACCGGGUGUUCGCCUACGACCGUGAUGAAGGUCCCAACAGCGACCUCUCCUACAGCAUCGUGGACGGAAACCAAGACGGGAAGUUCUUCAUCGACCCCAAGACUGCGGUUGUAUCUUCCCGAAAGGCCUUCACUGCAGGGAGCUAUGACAUCUUGACCAUCAAAGCGACAGACAAUGGGCGUCCUCAGAAAUCCUCCACAGCUCGCCUGCACAUCGAGUGGAUUCGUCGACCUCCUCCCUCGACUCUCCCAGUGCUCUUCGAUGAGCCGUUCUACAAUUUCACUGUCAUGGAGAAUGACAAGGUUGCAGAGAUCGUGGGAGUGGUGUCCCUGCAGCAGAACUCCAUCCCCUUGUGGUUUGACAUCACAGGUGGGAACAGCGACAGCGUGUUUGACGUAGAGAAGGCUGUGGGCACCAUCAUCAUCGCCAAGCCUCUGGAUGCUGAGCAGUGCUCCUUCUACAACUUGACGGUACAGGCAUCAGACGGCACCAACACUGCAUACGCACAGGUUCACAUCACUGUUAUGGACAACAACGACAAUGCUCCCAUCUUCUCCCAACCAACCUAUGAUGUCACUAUUUCUGAAGACACGCCACCUGACACUGAGGUGGUCCAAGUUCUGGCGUCGGACCGUGAUGAGCAUCACCGGCUGACCUACUCUCUGCAGAGCUCCAUAGACCCCAGUAGCAUGCGUCUAUUCCGCAUCCACCCCUCCCUUGGUACCAUCUACACUGCUCAGAGGCUGGACCACGAGGCCUGUGCCCAGCACAUCCUUACUGUCAUUGUGAAGGACCAGGAGUUCCCAUACAGAAAGAACCUGGCUCGUGUGCUAAUAGAAGUGGAUGAUAUAAAUGACCAUGUACCCAUCUUCACCAGUGCGCUUUACGAAGGCUCAGUCUAUGAGUCAGCAGCAGUGGGAUCAGCUGUGGUCCAGGUGACUGCCCUGGACAAAGACAAAGGCGAGAAUGCAGAGCUACACUACUCUAUUGAAGCAGGGAACACUGGAAAUGCAUUCCAUAUUGAACCAGUUCUGGGUAUCAUCACUGUUGCGCGUGACUUGGACCUGUCUAGCAUAGGACAUUAUGUUCUCACUGUCAGAGUCACUGACAAUGGCUCCCCUCCCCUGUCCACCACUACUGUAGCGCGCAUAGCUGUCACCCUCUCUGACAAUGCUGGACCAAAGUUCCCUCAGCCUGAAUACCAGGCUGAAAUCACAGAGAAUGCUGUGGUUGGGACCUCCGUCACCACAGUCAAUGCAGUCAGCCAGUCAACCCUCACUUAUGACAUCAAGCAGGGCAACGCAGAUCGUGUUUUUCAGAUAAAUCAGUACAGUGGAGUGAUUACCACUCAAAAGUCUCUAGACUAUGAGACUACAGCAUUUUAUGCCUUGAUAGUCCAGGCUACCAACAUGGCUGGGAUGGCCUCCAAUGCUUCUCUGUUAAUCCAGGUAGUGGAUGAGAAUGAUAACCCACCAGUUUUCCAGCAGCUUCACUAUCAUGGCAGCAUCAGCGAGGCAGCACCACUCAACAGUGUGGUCUUGAACUCAGAUGACUCACCUCUCGUAAUCAAGGCCACUGAUGCUGACCGCAACCAAAAUGCUCUAUUGGUCUACCAGAUUGUUGAGGACACUGCAAAAAUGUUCUUCACUGUGGACUCAGGAACUGGCUCCAUUAGAACCAUUGCUAAUCUAGACCAUGAGACAUUUGCCACCUUCCACUUUCAUGUCCAUGUGAGGGACAAUGGCAGGCCACAGUUGACAGCAGACAGUCCAACAGAGGUCAGAAUACAAGUCAUUGACACUAAUGAUUCACCACCUCAAUUCACCCAGAAUGCCUAUGAAACAGUUCUGCUACUCCCUACCUAUGUGGGAGUAGAAGCAUUGCAGGUUUCAGCCAUAGACCCUGACCAAGAUGUCCCUUCAGAGCUCACCUACUCUCUAACUGAUGGCGUACUGGAACAUUUUGCCAUCAAACCUUCCAGUGGAGUCAUCACAGUCAAACACAACAACUUCUCCAAAGAACGUUUCCGCUUUAGUGUCAAAGUUUCAGAUGGGAAAUUUUCCAACACAGCUUUGGUGACUAUUCUUGUCCGAGAAGCUCUGGACUCUGGUCUCAGCUUCUCUCAUAGCCUUUACUCUUCAUCUAUUCAAGAGAAUGUAUCAAAUAUCACCAAAGUGGCUGUGGUCAAUGCUGUGGGAAACCGUCUCAAUGAACCAUUGAAGUACACCUUGUUAAAUGCCGGCACAAGCUUCAGAAUCCGUCCAACUUCUGGUGUGAUCCAAACCACAGGUAUACCCUUUGACCGUGAAGAGCAUGAAUUCUAUGAACUGGUUGUCGAGGCGAGAAGGGAGCAUGACCGUCUGCACGUGGCCAGAGUUAUAGUUAGAGUCCAAGUUGAGGACAUAAAUGAUAAUGCCCCUGUGUUUGUUGGACUUCCUUAUUAUGCAGCUGUUCAAGUAGAAGCUGAGCCAGGAUCACACAUUUUCAGGGUCAUGGCAGUAGAUGGUGACAAAGGGAUUAAUGGAGAGGUGUCUUACUAUCUAAAGGAUGACCAUGGUCACUUUGAGAUCAACAGGCAUACAGGUGGUCUCAACCUAAAGAGAGAUUUUGAGUCUGACUUGUCCAAUGUGGAAUAUCAGAUGGUGAUAUAUGCCAGAGAUGGUGGUUAUCCACCUCUCUCAUCUACUAUAGAGUUCCCCAUCACAGUUGUCAAUAAAGCUAUGCCUGUCUUCGAUAAACCAUUUUAUUCCGUCUCUGUGAAUGAGGAUGUGGCUGUGCACACACCUAUCCUCGGCAUUAAUGCCACUAGUCCUGAAGGUCAAAGCAUCAUCUACACUAUAGUUGAUGGAGACCCAUCCCUUCAGUUUGACAUUGGUUUUGAUACUGGAGUCAUAAGUGUCAUCCACUCUUUGGACUACGAAGCAGCAUCAUCGUACCACCUGACCAUCAGAGCCACGGACUAUCUGACUGGUGCCCGUGCUGAAGUUGAUGUAGAUGUGGUUGUCCAGGAUAUAAAUGAUAACCCACCAAUCUUCCAGAAAAUGUCUUACAGGGUAAUUUUGUCUGAAACAGCCAUGAUUGGAACUCCAGCACUUCAAGUUAUUGCCACUGACAAAGAUUCAGAGAAGAACAAUGAUGUCCGCUACCAGAUCUUCUCAGAUGUGCAUAACAGCACAGACUACUUUCACAUUGACAGUAGCAGUGGAUUAAUCCUGUCAGCACGUAUGCUAGACCAUGAACUGGUCCAGAAGUAUGACUUCAUUGUGAGGGCCACCGAUAAUGGCUUCCCCCCAUUGAGUAGUGAAGUAUCAGUCACAGUUGUGGUUAAUGACAUGAAUGACAAUCCACCUGUUUUCAAUCAGCUACUCUAUGAGGCAUACGUGAAUGAGUUAGCACCUAUGGGUCACUUUGUAACUUGUGUCCAGGCCUCAGAUGCUGAUAGCUCGGAUUUCGACAAGUUGGAAUACAGCAUUUUGUCAGGAAAUGAAAGAAUGAACUUUGUGAUGGACAAAAAGAAAGGAGUCAUCACAUUGUCCAGCCACCUUAAGCAAAGAAUGGAGCCUGCCUACAGCCUCAAUGUUUCAGUGUCAGAUGGGGUGUUCACCAGCACUGCACAGGUUCAUGUUGAGGUGUUGGGGGCCAACCUAUAUAGUCCAGUAUUUGGACAGAAUAUGUAUGAGGCAGAGUUAAGAGAGAAUUCUGCUGCGGGAACCAAAGUUAUACAAGUGAAAGCAACGGAUGUAGACCCUGGAGUGUUUGGUCACAUCACUUAUUCCUUUGUUAAUGAUAUGGGCAAGGACCAAUUUAGCAUUGAUGCAAAUGGUCAGAUCUCCACUGUAGAAAAACUUGAUCGUGAGGACCCAGCAAAUAAAGACAUUGUUCUAACAGUAGCAGCCCAGGACUCAGGUGGACGUGUCUCCUACUGUACAGUACAAGUUACUCUGUUGGAUGAUAAUGACAAUGUACCUCGCUUCCAUGCCACAGAGUACCGAGCUUCAGUCAAAUCCAAUGUGGCUAAAGGUUUUAUGGUGACACAAAUUCAGGCUUAUGAUCCUGAUGAUGGCACAAAUGCAAAAGUGACAUAUUCACUUUACAGUGAGGCACAUGUCCCUGUGGUAGACAUUUUGGAGAUAGACCCAGACAAUGGUUGGAUGGUGACUAAAGGCAGCUUCAGCCACUUGAGGAACUCUGUAUUAUCUUUUUUUGUGAAGGCUGUGGAUGGAGGUCAUCCAGUCCGGCAUUCUCUUGUGUCUGUCUACAUCCAUGUUCUUUCUCCAGAUGCCUUCAUUCCUUCCUUCAGCCAACAUCAAUACUUAUUUAGCAUGCCAGAGGACACCCCCAUAGGUUCAGCCAUAGGGACGGUGCACCUCAACACUGGAUAUGCAUCACUCUCUGCUACCUUUGCCCUGGUUAACGGAGAGAUCGGAGAAAAUAACCAAGAUGGGAUGUUCGUGGUGGAAAAGGAUACAGGUGUGAUCAAGCUUGAUAAGCCCUUGGACCAUGAGGCAAUAAAAGGAUACCACUUCAAAGUCACUGCCAUUGUACAACAGGCUAAGCUGGAUUCUGUGACUUCUGUUGAUAUUGAAGUCAAAGUGUUGGAUCUAAAUGACAACAAACCAGCAUUUGAAGCCAACUCAUAUGAGGCCACAGUUAUGGAGGGAAUGUCAAUUGGAAUCAGAAUCAUUCAAGUCCAAGCGCUAGACCCGGACUCCGGGGCAAAUGGCCAGGUAACAUACAGUCUUGGGACAUUAAUCCAGUCAGAAGGAGAUUCAGAAAUGUUAGUUGGCACAUUUAGUAUUGACAGCAACACAGGCUGGAUCUCCACACGCAAGGACCUGGACCAUGAGACAAAUCCAUCCUACACAUUCACAGUGAUAGCCUCUGACCUUGGCGAGACCCUAUCUCUUUCCAGUACCACCACUGUGACCAUAGCGGUAUCAGACAUCAAUGACAACCCGCCCAGGUUCCUGGAGAAACGCUACUUUGGUUCAGUUCAGGAGAGUGACCCGCCAGGCGAAGUGGUGGCUGUGCUGAACACCAGAGAUGAUGACAGCUCUGCCGUUAACCGUCAAGUCAGCUACCACAUCACUGGUGGAAACUAUCGUGGUGUGUUUGCACUGGGUCUGGUUCAGGGUGAAUGGAAGAUGUAUGUGAAGAGGCCACUGGACAGGGAGGAACGCAACCUCUACAUCAUCAAUGUCACUGCUAGCGAUGGACUCUUUGUUUCCCAGGCAACAGUGGAGGUGACAGUCAUUGACACCAAUGACAACAACCCCAUCUGUGACCAGGCUGUGUACACUGCCUCCAUUCCAGAGGACCUCCCAGUCAACAGUGUGGUGCUGAGGGUUGGAGCUACAGAUGCAGAUGUAGGCGUCAGUGCCUGGAUCCAGUACUCCUUACAUGGUCCUGGAUCGCAGGACUUCAGCAUUCACCCGGACACCGGUGAGGUCAAGUCAUCUGUGAUUCUUGACCAUGAGAUGACACCCUACUACCGGCUCGUUGCCCAGGCAACUGAUGGUGGUGGGCGAUGGUGCCGUGCUGAGGUGCAGCUGACAGUUACUGAUGUGAAUGACAACCCGCCCAUCUUUACCUUGACACACUACACCGCCAGCGUCUACGAAGACACCGCCACCAAAGCCCUGCUCACCCGCAUCCAGGCCAUAGACCCUGAUGAAGGUCUGGGCCGCAUGGUGGUCUACUCCCUGUCCGACUCUGCAGGCGGUUCCUUCUCUAUCGAUAAGUCCUCAGGCAUCGUGGUCCUGGAACGCAUUCUUGACCGUGAGGUCCAACCGGCUUAUCAGAUAACAGUCCAUGCGUCUGACCAGGGUUCACCUCUGCCCCUCUACUCACUGGUCAACGUAACUAUCACUGUGCUGGACAUCAAUGACAACCCGCCUGUGUUUGAGCGCCGGGAUCAGCUAGCGACAGUGCCGGAGGACGUGGGAGUAGGCACUGAGGUUCUGAGAAUUUAUGCUGCAAGCAAAGACAUUGGGACCAACGCUGAGAUCACUUACAGUAUCCGAUCAGGCAACGAGCAUGGAAAGUUCCACAUCCACCCACUGACCGGUGCCAUUUUAGUUGCCCAGCCUCUGGACUAUGAGACCUGCAGGGACUACUUUCUGACAGUGGAGGCUCGUGAUGGGGGCACACCACCGCUGAGUGCCAUUACGACAGUAAACAUAAAUCUGACAGAUAUCAAUGACAACGCCCCCAUGUUUAGCCGUGACCUCUACACUGCAGUGGUGUCAGAAGAUGCCACCACUGGAGAGUCUGUCGUCCAGCUGGUAGCAGAGGACGUUGACAGUCAGCUGAAUGGAGCCAUCCUCUACUCCAUCAUCAGCGGAGACCGAGACAACCAGUUCUUUAUUGACCAACUCCAUGGGGUCAUCAAGGUCAACAAGCCACUGGACCGUGAGACAGUUCCCAGCUACUCGUUGGCCAUCAGAGCUCUGGAUAGUGGAAUCCCACCCAUGUCGUCCACUGUGAUGGUCAACAUAGACAUCUCUGACAUCAAUGACAACCCGCCCACCUUCUCCCCCGCCAACCUCACUACUGUCAUACAGGAAAACAAGCCAAUCAGCACCAGCAUCCUGGAGCUGUCCGUCAUCGAUCAGGACUCCUCCCACAAUGGCCCGCCCUUUGACUUCCGCAUCCUGUCAGGAAACGAAGGCGGAGAGUUUUUGCUGGAGAAAGAUGGAACACUGGUGGCCAACCAAGUGUUCAGGAGGGACUUGGCAACUAAAUAUGUGAUUCUGAUCCAGGUGACCGACUCGGGGAAGCCUCGUCUGUCCUCCUCCUCCAUGCUGACAGUCAGGGUGAUUGAGGAGAGCCUUCAUCGGCCAGUAGCGUUGCCACUGGAAGUCCAUAUCGUCACUAUGGAGGACGAGUUUCCUGGUGGUGUGAUUGGCCAGCUGCACGCCACUGACGCUGACCCUUAUGAUGUGCUGACCUUUGGCCAUGCCCCCCCCGCCCAGCGCAGUCUCUUUAAGAUCAGUCCUCGUGACGGCAAAAUCAUCGCCCUGGGUGGGUUGGAUGCAGGCAGGUAUACCCUCAACGCCAGCGUUAGUGACGGCCGCUUCGCGGUGCCUGUGCCCGUGAGCGUGCAUGUUGAGCAGGCAACACCAGAGAUGCUGCGUGAGGCAGUGACGGUGCGCUUUGAGAGCGUGGCACCACAAGACUUUGUGGCGUUGCACCUGAAGAGUGUGUUGAAAGUUCUGCAGAAGGCCGCUGCUUCCCAGCAGCAGGACUCGCUGCACCUGCUCAGUCUGCAGCCUGUCGGCGGAACACAACAACUGGACAUGCUCGUAGCCGUGGAAACAGCAGGGGGCGGGUACUACAAGGCUGCUUACCUUACCCAGAAACUCAGCGCAUCACGCCGGCAGCUGGAGGAGGUCCUCAGAGUCUCAGCUAUCCUAGAUAAGAACUGUUCGGGGCUGGAGUGUCGCGGCGCGCAGUGCGAACAGAGCAUCAUCUUGGAUUCACACAGCCUGGCUACAUACAGCACGCCGCGGGUCAGCUUCGUUUCACCACGCUUCCAUCGGACUUCACGCUGCACAUGUAAUGAUGCCAGCUGUGCUGUCCUGUCAGAACAGUGUGAGGACCAGCCGUGUCCAGCAGACAUGCAGUGUGUUUCAGUUGAGGCCUCCAGAGGGCGCUACGCAUGCCAGUGUCCACCGGGCAAACUGGGAGAGUGUGCAGGUCAUUCGUCUCUGAGUUUCUCAGGUAACAGCUACAUCAAGUACAGACUGUCUGACCGGCUGCAGACGGAGCUGAAACUCAGCCUCAGGAUCAGAACACUGCAAAGCAGAGGGAUCAUUAUGUACACACACACUGAGCCCUGCACCGUGCUCAAGUUGGAGGAGGGAAAGCUGUGGUUCCAGCUGGCCUGUGGCGGUGGUGGAGGUGGUGACAGUCCCGACAUGUUGGGCAUCUCCGGCCGUCGUAUCAAUGAUGGCAGCUGGCACACGGUGGCACUGGAGCUGAAUCGCAACUUCAGCAGCCUGGCGCUGGAUGACAGCUAUGUUGAGCGACGCCGUGGACCACCAUUCAUACAACCACUCGCUCCGGACAGAACCAUCUACUUUGGAGCACUGGUGCAGCACCCCAACUCUCGCAGCCUCAUGGACUCCCAGAAGGACCCGCGGGUGCUCGAGGGCUUCCAGGGCUGCCUGGACUCGGUCAUGCUGAACAACAACGAGCUGCCGCUCCAGAACAAACGCUCGCGAUACGCAGAGGUGGUGGGACUGACGGAGCUGAAGCUGGGCUGCAUCCUCUAUCCUGACGCCUGCCUGCAGCAGCCCUGUCGCAAUGGAGCCACCUGCACCAGCCUGCCCUCUGGUGGGUUCUCAUGCAGCUGUAACCCCCAGUACACCGGAGGGCGCUGUGAGAUGGAGAUAACAGCAUGUGUUCCCAACCCGUGUCAGAACGGUGGCGCAUGUAAGCCCAUCGGAAACGCCUUCCUCUGCAGCUGCAGGAGAGGCUUCAAGGGUCUGACUUGUGAGGAAGAUGUUAACGAAUGUGACCGCAGCAAUCCAGAGGGUGAGUGUGAGAACGGCGGCGUCUGCGUCAACACUUAUGGUUCCUUCUACUGUAACUGCACCGCGGGCUUCGUGGGCCAGCGCUGCGGACUGCGGCCCGUUGUCGUCCCCGACAUGCAGGCGGGUCACACUGUGGUCGGGAAAGAGGAGCUGAUUGGAAUCGCUGUGGUGCUUUUUGUCAUCAUCACCCUCAUCAUCCUCUUCAUCGCUUUCCGCAAGAAGGUUUUCCACAAGAACUACUCACGGAACAACCUGUCUCUGGUCCAGGACCCGGCCACCGCAGCACUCCUGAACAAGGCCAACGGUGUCCAGUUUAAGAGCCUACACUGCACACCAGGAGACCCUCUCAACCUGUACUCAGAGCCCACCGUGGUGGGAGGGGGUGGGAUGAUGGGACCUCCACAGGUCCCUGUGAGGCCCAUGGCAUACACGCCCUGUUUCCAAGGAGACCCACGGUCUACGCUGGAGAAGAUGGUGGAUGGGCGCGGCGUGGAGCAUACAGAGAUGAGCACCUUUCACCCGGACUCUCCAAGGAUCCUGUCAGGGACCACCAGGAGGGGGGUGGUGGUGUGCAGCGUGGCCCCCAACCUGCCACCAGUGUCACCCUGUCGCUCAGACUGUGACUCCAUGCGCAAGAGCCCAUGGGACAGUGAUGAGGGUAAGAUGGUUGACAUGGCAGAAGAAGUGACGUGUUUCUCAGGGAGCAACAAAGGCAGUAACUCAGAGGUCCAAUCACUGAGCUCCUUCCAGUCGGACUCCUGUGAUGAUAACGCGUAUCAUUGGGACACAUCAGACUGGAUGCCGAGCGCCAGGCUGUCAAACAUUGAAGAGGUGCCGGGCUAUGAGGCAGCUCCUAGCAGCAACGUAGCAGGCUCAGUCCUCCGUCUUGGAGGAAGCACCCGUGAACUUGAGUCAGACUACUACCUGGGGGGCUAUGACAUUGACAGCGACUACCCCCCUCCCCACGAAGAAGAGUUCUUAAGUCAAGACCAGCUCCCACCUCCGCUGCCCACAGGUGAGGACUAUCCUGAGCCCUACACGCCGCUGCCCACCAACCCGCCAGUGUCCAAGGAGAGCACCCUGAGCUCUGGCAGCACUGGGCAUCAGCAUGCCAGGCCACACUUCCACCCCAGCCAAUACCUUCCUCCCCACCAGCUUCCCCUUGGGGAGGCCCCCCAUGGGGACUUCAGCACUUCAAUUAGUGGGGUGACCCCAGGAAAUGGGGACACUGAUGACUCUGUGUCGCUAAAUAUGCGACUGUCUGUUGGUGCAUCAUCAGCCUCGGACAUGUCGGCCCCCUGCGGGUUGGAUGACUCUGAACAUGGCAGCGACUUUGACAGUCUGGACGAGCUUCGUCGAGGGGUGACCAUCAUCACUGACUCACAGCAACAGACUGAGGUGUGAUCGAUUUACCAGUACAGGGAUGAUAUGGGAUGUAUAAUGGACCAGAAGGAGCAGAACAUUGGAGCAAAUGGAAGGAGAUGCACAAGCAGAGGUUAUCAGAGGAAGAAAUGCUUUGUCAGCAAUGUUAGCUACAACCAUAGACUGUAACAAUGACCUUGAAACCACAUUUCACCUGUUUUAAGUACUAUCCUCUGGGAGUGUUGCGUUUUACCAUGAACAAACUCAGUGUGUUGUCAGAGCAGUCCCUGCUGUGCAGAACAAACAGAAGUGUCCUUCCUAUUCCAAUAAGGAGUCAUUUGUAAUGUGAAAAGAAUGGGAUAGAGAAUGUGAAUGAGAAGGACUAAUGCAAAAGAGAUUGAAAUGUACAAAUACGGUACAGAAGAUUCGAAAAAAGAGAAGGGACAAUCAUGUAAGUGAAAGGGUUGUUUGGUUCCCUGCUCCUUCACAGAAGCCCAUCGGACCACUACUUUCUAAAAUAAAUACACAAAUCGCCACUAUCAUUUUUUCCUCCUGGGAUUUGUAAACUUUGUAGUGCUUCAAGCUUGUACAGACUUUGUAAAAUAGUAUGACCUUACUGGUGAAUAAGUAUGAAACAAUGUAUUGGCCACAUUUCAAAAAGCCAUUUAUUUGUUUUAAUGUGGAAUGUGCUUGCUUGCUCCUUUCCCAAAAGAAUCCCCCAUCAAGCCAUCGUAUCUCAUUAGGUCUGUUUAAUGUAUCAUUGACCUUCCAGCUUUAUGUUUUCUCGUGCGGAAGCCAAGAGCUGCCAUAGUUGCUAAUGUAUUUUAAGAACUGAUCUCUCAAGAUUACAAACUGAUAAUCAUAUUUACAGAUAAGACACAGUAUCUUUAUUUAGGUUUUAAAACUAUUAUCCUAGGAUAAAUAUUACAAGAACAUAAAAUCUUAGUGAAAUCAACAAUACACAAAAUGUAGCACAUAAGGAGGAGAUUUGGGUGGUGGAGGGAGUUGCAGCAGUGUUGGCAUGAAGCAAUCGGUACAGUAAUAGUAAAUGUGAUGUUAUAAUGGCCACCUGUAUGAAUAUGGUUGGAUGUUACUAGUAAGCUGGUAGCCACAUGGCUGGUGAAUGAGCCACUUAUUGUAAAGCAUGAAUGAAGUAGCUGAUGCCAAACAAUUAAAGCGUGACUUCAGUGCAUGGCCUCAAUUAACGAUAUGUUCCGUUUUAUGGACUUUUAAUUGUAAUGGAGCCUUUUUUUGGUAAAGAAUCUGAAUACCUCAUCCACAACUGGAUAAAAUGCCAUCAUAACAUGUGAUCAUGAGAACAUGUGUCUUCAGAUAACAAGAUACUUAAGUAGUAAUGUUAACCUAGAAAUCUUGAAAAUGUAUAUUGGCAACCACAGCGACUCUUUUUCAGUCAUUUUGUCUGCCACUGUAGAGUCAAAAAUCUUUGGCAGAAAUAAUCGACAACCCUCCAUUUCUUUGAUCUGUUUAAUUUCACACCAUUAUUCCAAAAAGCUUUGUGAAGCAGACACAUUUUUAGCGGCACUGCAUUCCAAUGUUUUCUGUUACUUUGUAGCAUCUUCACCGUGUCCCCAGGCAGAAGUCAAACGCUUCUCCAGGUCACUAAUGACUUAGUUUCCAUCUGGCCUCCAGGACAGACACACACAUCAGACUGCUUCAGAUCGUCACUGUAUUGUACUAUAAUCUGCCAGAUCCACUCGGGCAUGCAGCUCCUUUUUUCUUUGUAACAGAUAUAUGUGUUUAAAUCUCUGUACAGUGUAAAUAGCUGGGUUGUUAAAAUGCAGAUUUUGUAGAUAUGCAAUCCUAAACUUUCUUUGAGUUUUUUUGUUGGACUGUUUGAUGUGAAUGUGGACACAAAGACUGUGAAAUAUCAAUUAUUUUCACAUCAUUCCUCCUCUUUCACUGACUGACUGAAUGCCAUUUCAAUAUUAUAGAUGAGUUUUGCACAGUAUUAAAUCCAGAAAUUAGCUUUUUCUUUUUUCUUUUUUUUUAAUUAUGGUAAUGAGGGAACCUUUUUUGUACAUUUCUUUCAUCUGGAAUGUUUUGAUGAAUUUCUAAUGUUCAGAGACAUUAGGCAGUGUCAAUAUGUCCCCUAUCUGCAGACAUUGAGUGUACAAAGUGAGUGCUUUUUUAAACGUUUUUUUUUUCAGUGCAGACAAUAAAAAGGUUCUUGCGCACCA